CUUUUCAGGUCAAACUCCAGAAAUCCCUGGAGCACCUUUCAAAGGAAGUGGAGGACAUGAAGAAGUGUGAGUCAGCAGAAAGGAUGAAAACCCAGGAGUGCAAGGAGACGGUGAAGAAAAAGCGGGAGAGGAUUGUGAGCGAGUUUGGGAAGCUGCAUCGGCUGCUGGCUGAUGAGGAGAAGCUGUUGCUCCAGAAGCUGGAGGAGGAGGAGAAGCGGAUUCUGCUGAUGAUCAAUGAACCUGGCAGGCUGUUGCUCCAGAAGCUGGAGGAGGAGGAGAAGCGGAUUCUGCUGAUGAUCAAUGAAAACCUGGCCCUACCUGUGGAGCAGAAGUCCUUGCUGGAGGAACUGAUCCUGGAGAUAAAGGAGGAGCCCCAGCAGCCGGCCGACGAGUUGCUCAAGGACAUGAAAAGCGUCCUGAGCAGGUGCGAGGGGGUAAAGUUCCAGUCCUCCAAGGCUGUGUCCGUGACCCUGAAGGAAAACUACAGCAUCCCCGAGCGCUGCCUGGGCAUGAGGGACAUGCUGAAGAAGUUUAAAGUGGACGUGACUCUGGACCCCGAGACGGCGCACCCUGAGCUCACCCUGUCUGAGGACCGCAAGAGCGUGCGGCGCGGGAGCAAGAAGCUCCUUCUGUCCCUCUUCGACAACCCCAAGAGGUUCAGCACUGCUCCAGUGGUGCUGGGGAGUCAGGUCUUCUUCUCAGGCCGCUGCUACUGGGAGGUGCAGGUGGGAGACAAGCCGGAGUGGGGCUUGGGGCUGUGCAGGGAGUCUACCAGCCGGAAAGGCAACGUCGUCUUCUCCCCAAACAAUGGCUACUGGGUGCUGCGGCUGCAAAACGGGGGCAACUAUGAGGCCCUCACCUCGCCUGUCUCCCCUCUGACCCUGAGCGUGAGACCCCGGCGCAUCGGGAUCUUCCUGGACUAUGAGGCAGGAGAAAUCUCCUUUUACAACGUGAGUGACCGCUCCCACAUUUACACCUUCACCGACAAGUUUUCAGGGAACGUCCGGCCUCUCUUCUUCCUGGGUGCCUUUUUGGGGGGCAGAAAUGCAGAGCCCUUGGUGAUCUCCUGGGUCAGGGACACGCAGGGGACCGGGUGCAUCGUCCUGUGACAGUGGCUGCCCUGGCUUCUCACCGGCGGGCAGAGACCUGGGAGCCCGACCGGCUCCUCCUGUGCGUGGGGCAGCACCGCUCUGUGCCUUGGUGAGCAUCAUGGCAGGGUCCCCGCGUGCUCCUGGCUGCCGGGGGUGACCCGCCAAGUGUGACACCCACCGCGUGCCAUGCCCGUGCUGGGAAGGGCACUUUGCAGCGGGGAUGUGCCAUAACCCCCUGUGCUGCCAAUGGGGACAGGGGAGCCCGCUGACCACCGCUGCCCUGCCCCUCAUCUCACGGGCUGCUGGAGAAGGAUGCGCACCCAGCCUGCUGUGUAGUGCUGAUUUUGGUGUGAGUUGUGCUGGAACAAGGCAAUAAAGGGUUGAUUUGGGG